AUGUUUCUUCCCCAUUACAUUCCGCCUACGGGUUACCAUAACGGAUUGCGCUCACCAUUCGCUACUGCACAGGGCAAGGUUGCGGAAUUGCGGCUCGAGUUGAACAGUGGAGGGAAGAAGGACAAGAAUCAUGCGGCGAAGAAGAUAGCGCUCAAGAAGAUUGUGGCCAAUAUGACGAUGAGCAAUAAUGAUAUGGUUGCAUUAUUUCCAGACAUUGUUGGGUGUAUGCAGAUACCAAGCUUGGAGAUUAAGAAAAUGUGCUUCUUGUUCCUGGUCAAUUAUGCCCGCAUGAAACCGGAAGUUGCGUUGAAAGCACUGCCAACUCUGGAAGAGGAUAUGCAUGACACAAAUCCAUUAGUGAGAGCAUUGGCUCUCCGUACAAUGUCAUAUAUCCACGUUAGGGAAUUUGUAGAAGCUACCGUUCCGCCUACGAAGCAGCUCCUGCGAGAUGCGGAUCCGUAUGUUCGCAAAACAGCCGCGUUUUGUGUUGCCAAAUUAUAUGACCACGAUAAGCAUCUUGUGGAGGCAUCAGAUUUGAUCGACAGAUUGAACGCGAUGCUUAGAGAUGAUAAUCCGACAGUGGUAGCAAGUGCUCUUGCAAGUUUAAUGGAUAUAUGGGAGCGAAGUGAUGCUAUCAAAUUGACCAUCGAUUAUGGCAAUGCAUCAAAAAUGGUUCAAAUUUUACCAGAUUGCUCAGAAUGGGGACAAACCUAUAUACUAGAAGCGCUGAUGUCUUAUGUUCCGCAAGAAUCUUCCGAAGCUUUGCUCCUCGCGGAGCGCAUUUCUCCUCGACUGUCACAUUCAAAUUCGGCUGUGGUCCUCACAUGCAUACGGGUCAUCCUUUACUUGAUGAAUUAUAUUGCAGACCAAAAGCAGAUAUCGCUGCUAUGUCGAAAGCUCUCGCCACCUUUGGUUACACUGCUUGCCAAAGGACCUGAAGUCCAGUAUUUAGCUCUACGGAAUGCUUUGUUGAUACUACAGCGGCGUCCGGAAGUCCUGCGAAACGACAUUCGUGUGUUUUUCUGCAAAUACAACGAUCCUAUCUAUGUCAAAGUCACUAAGCUGGAGCUGAUAUUUAUGCUGGCAACAGAGAAAAAUAUCGAUGAAGUGUUGACGGAACUAAGGGAAUAUGCCACUGAGAUUGAUGUUCACUUUGUGCGCAAGUCAGUUCGAGCUAUUGGCAAGCUUGCUAUCAAGAUUGAACCUGCAGCGCGGCAGUGCAUCAACACACUCUUGGAACUCGUCGCAACAAAAGUCACUUAUAUUGUGCAAGAAGCUACGGUUGUUAUUCGGAAUAUCUUCCGAAAGUAUCCUAACCAAUACGAAUCCAUAAUUUCCACAUUAUGUGAGAAUUUGGACUCUUUAGACGAACCCGAAGCAAAAUCGGCUAUGAUUUGGGUUAUUGGUCAAUACGCGUCACGUAUCGAGAAUUCUGAUGUUCUUUUGGAGGAUUUCCUGUACUCUUUCGCCGACGAACCCGUCGAGGUGCAGCUUGCUUUGCUCACAGCGACUGUAAAACUGUUUAUUCAAAGACCUACUAAGGGACAAGAACUUGUGCCAAAGGUCCUGAAAUGGGCAACAGAAGAUACAGAUAACCCGGAUUUGAGAGAUCGAGGGUACAUGUAUUGGCGACUUUUAUCGUCUGAUAUGGAAACCGCAAAAGCGGUCGUAAUGGGCGAGAAGCCAGCGAUCACAGCUGAAUCAGAGAAGCUAGACCCUGUUACUCUGGAAGAAAUGUGUUUGAAUGUUGGAACCCUUGCGACAGUCUAUCUGAAACCAGUCCAGCAGGUGUUCAGAUCUGCGCGACCGAGAAAGCUGAUAGAUAGUCCGGCUCUGCAGAAACACACUUUGCCCACAGCCAACGGCUUGGACGGGCAAAAGUCUCUGUCAACAUUCGGAAUGGAAGGUCAGCCUGCAGUUCGACCCCAAGGAAAUGGAGACCUUGCCGCAGCAGUUGACGCUGCGGAUGAAUUUUUUGCAGGUGUUGGCAACCAACAGAUGGCUCACAUGAACAUCAACGGCCAAGAUGACGGAUUUGGAGGCAGUCCGACUGUAGGAAGAGGAGACAUGCAAUACGUGGUAAACCAAAACGCACCAGAGCAGGCAUACCAUCCGACGUCUGGCCAAGGCGCGAAUGGAGAUUUGCUUAUGAUUGCACCGUUGGUGACAAAGAGGGCAUUAAGCAUAUCUUCGAGCACGUGGCCUGUUUUUUGGAAUCGAAGAUACGUUUGGUUGUGGAUGAACAAAGAAGAUGUACAAUCUGCUCCUCGGGACAGUGAGGCAGGUGGGAAGAAGAGCGUUGUGUUGUGA